AUGGCAGGAAUUACUUGGCACUAUGUCCUGAAAUUUAUUAUCACAGGCGAUGCUGGAGUUGGCAAGUCAUCUUUACUUAUCCGCUUGACAGACCAACGUUUUCUUGCGAACCCCGACCCAACCUUAGGAGUAGAAUUCGGCUCGAAACUGAUUGAAAUACCCGAAGAAGGGAAGGUUAUCAAGCUUCAAUGCUGGGAUACUGCUGGAACAGAAUCCUUUAGGUCAAUUACACGGUCAUACUACCGUGGUGCCGCGGGCUGCUUGCUGGUCUAUGACGUGACAUCUCGAAAGAACGUACGAGAGCAUGCUGACCCUCAUUUAACUUGCAUACUGGUCGGAAAUAAAAUUGAUCUAUGCAACGAAGAAGCAGAAGGCGAGUCGAGUCGACGAAGAGAAGUUUCAACUGACGAAGCGGAUGAAUGGGCGAGGAAGGAAGGAUUGCUAUUCUUGGAAGCAAGCGCAAAAUCGGGGAGCAACGUUGAUUUGGCGUUUGAGAAAGCUUCGUGCGAUAUCCUCCACAAGAUCAAUCGGGGCGUUUUUGAUGACAAUCGAUCCCCAGGAGUGAAGCUGUCAAAGCCAACGAAUGGAAGCGUCGCCCUGAAUCAAGCCUCAAAUAAACAGGGAUGCUGUUCAUGA